CAGCCUGGGAUCAAUGAUCGCAGAGGUCUUUUCCAUCCAACUUGAUUCUGCGAUUUUCCGGUGCUGGGGGCGGCGAGUCACGGAGCGCCUCGGCGCAGCGGGGGUGGGUCCCACCGCCCGCGGACACCUGAGGCCCGGCGUGGGGGGCGGCCUCGGCUCCUGCCUCGCUCCUGCUCCCGACCCCGUUCCGCGGCCGGCCCCGCUCCGCUCCCUUUGCUCUCCCGGCCCGGACCCAGUCGGGCCCCGGCCCCGCUCGGCAGCGGCGGGGCGGGAGCGGGGCGGGCGCGCGGUCACCUGACGCCGCGGCCGCCGCCAUUUUGUCUGUGAGCGUAAUGUGAAAGGGAAAGCCGGGGCGCACCCGCGGGCGGAGGCGGCAGCGCCGAGCGGUGCCGGGAGCCGAGCGAUCUCCGCCGCCGCUCCGCGGAGCAGCGGGAACAGCCCCGGCGGCGGCGGCCGACAGCAGCCGCUGAGGCGGAGCCCGGCGAGCGCUCCCGCCGGAGGGAGCCGCCGGCGCCCUUCCUCCGGGAGGCUGCGCUCGCCCCCGGCCGCGGGGGAGCCGCCGUCCCGGCCUUGCGGGGGGACGCGGCGGAGCCGCCGCCAGGGCCGCGGCGAUGAUGUCGGGGCAGUCGAUCACGGACCGCAUCACGGCGGCGCAGCACAGUGUGACCGGCUCGGCCGUCGCCAAGGCUGUGUGCAAGGCGACGACCCACGAGGUGAUGGGCCCCAAGAAGAAGCACCUGGACUAUCUAAUACAGUGCACAAAUGAAAUGAAUGUGAAUAUUCCACAGUUGGCAGAUACACUCUUUGAGAGAACUGCAAACAGUAGCUGGGUUGUAGUGUUCAAAGCUCUAAUUACAACACACCACCUCAUGAUGUAUGGAAAUGAGCGCUUUAUCCAGUAUCUUGCAUCCCGGAACACUUUGUUCAACCUAAAUAACUACCUGGACAAAAGUGCCAUGCAGGGCUAUGAUAUGUCUACCUUCAUUAGGCGAUACAGCAGAUACUUGAAUGAAAAAGCACUUUCAUAUAGACUUGUAGCAGUUGACUUCACCAAAAUGAAAAGAGGGAUAGAUGGAGUGAUGAGAACUAUGAAUCCUGAAAAGCUUCUGAAAACCCUUCCAAUCAUACAGAACCAGCUUGAUGCACUCCUUGAUUUUGAUGCAAAUCCAAAUGAACUAACAAAUGGUGUUAUAAAUGCUGCCUUUAUGCUCCUCUUUAAAGAUUCCAUUAGACUUUUUGCAGCAUACAAUGAGGGGAUUAUUAAUCUUUUAGAAAGAUAUUUUGAUAUGAAGAAGAACCAGUGCAAAGAAGGCUUGGAUAUUUACAAAAAAUUUCUAGCCAGAAUGACCAAAUUGUCAGAGUUCCUCAAAGUAGCAGAGCAAGUUGGAAUUGAUCAAGGUGACAUUCCAGAUCUUACUCAGGCACCCAGCAGCUUGCUUGAGGCACUGGAACAGCAUUUGGCUUCUGUGGAGGGAAAGAAAACAAAGGAAGUCUCUGCUGCCAGCAGAGCCAGUGCCCUAUCCAGUGCUGUUUCCACACUUGCCAAUACAGGAAUGUCAUUCAGCCGGAUGGAUGAGAAAGAAAAGCAGCAGGCAUUGGAGGAGGAACAAGUUAGACUGCAGGCACUUAAGGAGCAGCGAUUAAGAGAAAUCUCUGUAGUAUCAAAUUCCACUUCCACAUCAGCAUCCCCAAGCACUUUAUCAGGAAAAAGUGUGAAUACCACUGUAGCUGUUGACCUCUUUGCUGCACCAGCACCCACAACAAAUAGCAUGCCCAACCUUUCUAGUGAUCUUUUUGAUCUUCAGCCUGCAUUUGUUCCAACUGUGCAAAGUACUCCAGCUAUAUCAACAUCAGCAAGCAAUGCUUGGGGAGGUCCUUUCUCGUCUUCAAAUGGUUGUGUUGGUUCUCCACCUCAUCUGGACAUCUUUGACAUGAAGCCAGUUGAAGAAGCUGUAAAAUCUGCCACCCCUUUCAUCAAUUCUUCUUUUUCCUCCAAACAGACAGUGGAACUGUUUAGUGAUGACUUUAGUGGUCAUAAACCAACAUAUGCUUCUGUGUAUCAUCCUGUGACUGUUGAUGGUUUUCCUCUUCAUUCAGCUUCUCCGAGUACUGCCUCUUCAACAAUUAAUGUGGACUUUGAUGCUGUUUUUGGAGGAAAAUCUACAGCACCAGAGUACAGGACUGCAAGUGGUUUUAACUUUCUAGAUGAUGUCUUGCAACCCACAGUACCUCCACAAAGUCAAAGAGCCACUGUAGCCAGCCAGCAAAGUGGAAAAAUUUUAGCAAAUGACCUUGAUUCUUCACUUGCAAAUCUAGUAGGAAAUCUUGGCUUUGGAGGAACUCCAUCUAAAAAAUCAGAUAUGCAGUGGUCUCAGCCUACAGAGAAAAAACUUACAGGUGGAACAAACUGGCAAGCAAAAACAAGCACAUCGACCACAUGGACCCCGACUCCCUUACCCACUAUUCCACACAUGAAUGGAGUGCACUACCCUGCAUAUGUACCUGCUCCUAUCACAUACCCAUUGACCACGCCUCAAGUGCCUGUAUAUGGAAUGGUACCUCCUCAGGUUGGAGCUGCUCCUUUGAUGGCACCCCAGACAAUGAUGUACACACAGCCUGGUCUAAGGCCAACAAAUCCUUUUGCACCCGUUUCUGAAACUCAGAUACAGUUUAUGUAGAACCACCAAAGCAACAAGAUGUGAGAAACAACCAAAUACUGGUGAAAAAAUGAAAAGACUGAAUUUCCAUCUUUCCAUGAUGUAUUCCUGAACAGGGCAACUGUUUAUUCCCUGUAUAAUACAAUAUUAUUUUGAACUGCAAUGCUUUAGAGAUUCUUGUUUAUAACAGUCACUGCAGUGUGAAGUCAUGUUUGUUUCCUGAUUUUUUUUAACUGCUCAGCAGAAAACUGUAUUUUUAUUGAGGUUGAUUCAGAAGGUGCAAGCUGGAUUACCAUGUUCAAAAUCAAGGAGAAAGUUACAUGAUUGCUCUACAACCUUAAUCAUCAGUGGAUUACCUUAGUAACUGAUUGAGAAUGUCAAAGUUAUUUAUUUUAUUCAUAAAUUCUGUGGCUGCUGUAACCAAGACACAACACGUAAUCGAGUUGAGCAAUAAAAUUUUUAUGUGCUCUAAUAAAUACUCUGAUAGAGCAAUGCUUGCAUUAUCAUAAGGCCAACAUUGUGUGAAAUCAGACAGCUUUUUCACAUUGGAAUAACUUACAGUCAUUUGCAAACUUUAUAAUGUGAGUUUGAAAUGCUGUGAAUCAACAAGACACAUAUUACACAGACAUAGUAAAAAUAAUAAAUUGCUCCAUUGGUAUGUCAGUAUUACAGGGCUAAGUAAAAAGAGCCAGCAGCUGCAAGGCUGCAAGUCUGUGAUGGACGUGGGGAAAUGAGUGUGUUCCAGAACAGCUCAUGCAGCUCCAACAGGUGCCAGCAGCUGCACUUCCACAGGUACCUUCUCUGCAGGUGCCACCUCCCACCAGGGGCUGAGGAAGAGCAGCCUUGGGAGCCAGGGUCUGUCAGUGCCCCAACCACAGCACACGGGAGCACUCUGAGCCUUGUUGAUAACUGCAGUGGAGGCAAGAGAGCCAGCUCUGCUUUCUGAAGUCCAUUAGGUCAAACGACUCAAACGUUGCAAUCAUGCUGACACUCGUCAACUGGCAACUAUUUUGAAAUUAUCCAGCUGUAGAGAAUAGCUUGUGCUUCUUUUUUGAAAUAAGAACCUAGUUGUAAACCAUAUAAAAAGAAUUAUUUUUAAAUGUGUAAAUACAUGUAAACUUUUAGAUAGUUGUUUCUUUGAUGCUGCAGUAAUCUUUUUCUUCUGUAGUAAUUUCAAGGUAAAAAUGCUACAUUAAGAAAUCCGGACUCUUUUGUGAGGAAAAUCUUUAAAAUCAACUAAUUUAUGAAAUAUUGCUGUUCACAAUGGGUCAGAUGUGUACAGACUUCUGGAACAUAUUUUGUACUUAAGAAUCUUCCUCCAGAACUGAAAUUGGCUAUGAAAAUGCUUUAUCUUGUAUUUUUCACUGUCUGAUAAAAAGUGAUAGCAUUAAAAAAACCCAGUAGUUAUAAUUAAGUAGAUAGAAGUGGGAACAACCUUUCCUCCAGAAGUUUUGUUGCAAAAUGCAAUGAAAAGCUCUCCUGUAAAAUUACUUCUAAUAAUGAUUAAUAUUAAAGCUGAGAUUUCUAUUGUUACAAUAGACCUCCAGCAUAGUAUGUCUUUAAUCUUUUGGGAGAGACUGUAAUUGCAGAAAUAUCUCUCACUCUCACCAUAAAUGCAGAUAGGCCUGAGAAUCUUGUCAAACUCUUCUGUAGAGAACUUCUAGAUUAAGCACAUUCCUCAGAGUGAGAACAACUCAUGUAUUUUUCCAAAUGCUUAAUUCUGUCCAAAGAGUGCAAAAGUAGUAUUUCUUAACCCUGUGGUGAAUAUUUUGCCCAAUGAAUCAAUACAAAAGAAAUAAAACUCCUCUCCCCAACCCUUGAAAUCUGUAACUAAUUUCCUGGAAAAUGAAACCUUGCAGAAAUUUAAAACUCAGUGUUCAUUGAUGUAUAUUGAUUUUGAAAGAAUUUGGACCCAGUAUAUGGUAGUUUAAUGUUCAAGUUUGAAUUACAAAGGGCUUCAAGCUUUAAUCCACCUUUAUUGGGUUGAACAAUUGUACAAUUUUAAGCCAAUGAGUUCUUCAGUGCCUAUAGUUGCCCUCCACAUGCUGAGGGAAUAGAUGCCAUUUAGAAUGGGUCGUUGUGUUGAGGCGACUGUUUAUUUAAGAAAUAGUGAAUUCCAUAGAUUCAUUCAGCAGCCUUGUGUUCAGAUUAGAUCAGUCCACGUAGUUAGAAAUGUCUGGGCAUUAAUGGCAGAAGUGAGAGUGCUACAAGCAGGCAGUUCCUAGCACUGUAAGCUGUUAGGUCUCUUUCUUAUACUGAGUUGUAUAAGUAAUAACACAUUAUUUUAAUAAAAUAUGCAAAUAAAUGCCUGGCAAGCAGUAUAUAUUUGUUAUAACUUUAUUUCAGAGCAUUCUGAAUAUCUGGAAUAUACCUGGCUCAGAAAUGGAUUUAGUACUGGAUAAUAGCUUGCACUACAUCUGAUUUGCUCUGGAUCUUUUAAUGGUUCUUUGGUCUGCUUUCUUGUAGCAAAGCUGUCUGAUAUCAACUUAUUAGUAUUAAAAAAGGAGAAACAGCCACAAAGUAUGUUUUUAGAACUUUAUAACCUACCUUCUUUUGUUGCUUUGAAACACAGCUUACAGCUUGAUCCUUGUGAAGCACAGAUCGCUUUGUACCUUCUCUCUGCACACAGGUGCACAGGACUGGGUUUUGCCCAACUCUUCCUUGUGCAUGUACUGGAACACAUAAAAUGGCAGAGUAUGUGUUUAAAUAACAUACAUGAGAAGUGAAAACCAAGGACUUAGGAUGCUGUCAAGGCUUUUAUGGCUAUUCUCCACACAAAAACCCACUUUGAACACCAAGGUUGUUCUUGAGAGUGACCGUACCAGCCUGCAGAAACUGCGCACAGUAGUUGUGAUGAGUGAAGAGAGAUGUAUAUAAAUGUGAUUUUCCUUCCAACUCAGUGGAUCAGAAUCACGUUCUGAAUACUUCAGGAAGCUGAUGACUAAGAUGUCUCUCCAUGUUUCGAAGAUAUCUCUUCAUGUUUGUCUGAGCAAGGAGGAAGACUUUGAUUUGUGCUGUACACUUUGCAUUAUUGUACUCUAGUGGGUCACUUGAGCCUCACUGUUGGGACUUGGUGCUGCUGCAGGCAGCCUGUCAUGGAACACGCCAUAGGAUGACUUCUGAGGGACUUUGGAAAGGUGGAUUGUGUGAGGCCUCUUGGACUUGAACAUGUACCUCUCUAAAUAACUGGGGUUUUCUAAUGUUCUCUAGAUAUAUUGACUUUGCCUCCAAGAAGUUACUGAUUUAUCUUUUUUAAUAAAUUUUGGACAUGUGUACUAGAAAAAUCUAUUCUGUGCAAAUAGUGGUGGAAUAUUUGUAGGCGAAAUAACAAAUGGACUUUUAAGAAAGUAACAAAACCAACAGCAAAAACCACACACACAAAAGUAACAACAACAGAACUUCUACUACAAAAUUGAAUACAGGGUCUGUCUAUCCCCAGCUGGAUAUUUUGAUGUGUGGCAGGGACGGGGGGGUUACAAUUAGAAUAGUACGCACUGUGGAUCGGUGCUUAAUUUGUACAUAAAAAGGAAAACUUUGUUUGGGGUAGUUUGUAUUGUAAGGAUAACAUCUAAAGGCACUGUAUCAGUCAUUUAUUUCCAUUGAAAAGAUUAUAUUUUUGAGCAAUGGAAACUGUACAUGUUAUCAUUUAUACAUUACUGAUAGCUAGGACUAUAGAAAACCUGUUGCUAUGACUCUGAAGCUGUAUCUGACUUGUCAUUGAUCUGUACAUUGCUGCAUCAAUAUUUUAUGCAGAUUCUCAUGAUCUUCUAUUUAAAGAGAUUGUAGUAACUGGUACAGUUACAACAGGAAUUGUAACGUCAAAUCUUUCAGUAUAUCUCAGAUGUGUAUCCUCGUGAUUAAGCUUAAUCCUUUACCAAAUGUUUGGCUGGAAUCUCAUCUUGGAGCAAUGACAAAAUAGGUGCUGGAACAGAUUUCCCUCACCCCAACCCACACUUUAUUUAUUUAAUAGGUCUUGUUUUGUAUGUUAUGUUUUCCCCCAUAACAGGUUUGUGCCUUUUAUUGGAUAUUUAUUUAAAAGGAGCUAUGAUAAUUUAGGUUGCUUUUUUUCAGAUGUAUUCUUGUACAGCUGUUCCUUUCUGUGAGUUCCUUCAUUUUAUAAGAAUACAGAAUGUGUGGAAAAAUAUACUAGCCACAAACUGGAAAAAAAACUAAGGAUUUAUGUUCUAUGAAUUUUUUAAAAAAUAAGCCUAAGCACAAGACUGGCUGUGUUGAUAUUUUAAUUGUGGAACUUCACAAUUUGUUAAUAUGCAAAUUGUUCAUUUUUUAAAAAACUGCUCAUAUCCACAUAUUUGAUGAUACAAGUUUUGGAAAAAAAUAAACUUUGGCAUAUGCAA